UAGAAUCUGGCCGACACACCUUCUCGUCUGGUCGAAACAGCCCCGCCAGGAUCGUUUUGUUGAACGAGAAUUCGCCCGUAACUCUGCGCCCUCAAAACCCCCCAAAACCACGAAGCAGACGAAGGAAUUCCGAAUACUCCAUUCACCAUGUCGACAACACCCAAGCAGCGCCUUGCGCUGGCCAUCUGCGACUUCUUGUCGACGUCGCUGACGGACGGCACCCUGACGUCCGAGGAGAAGGACUCGGUCGACAUUGCCAUUAACUGUAUCGGCGAGUCCUUCGGCGUCGACCCCUCCGACAAGGCCGCCGUCUCCUCGGCCGUCGGCGCCCAGAACCUCUUCCAGAUCUACUCGGUCUACGAGAAGCUGAAGAGCGCCUCCCCCUCCAAGCCCGCCGGCGCCGCUGCCGCGGGGAGCGCCUCGGCCCCGACCCCGGCCGCCGCCGCCGCCCCAACCGACGAGCAAAAGAAGCAAGCCGAAGCCCUCAAAUCCAAGGGCAACACGGCGAUGGCGCAGCGGGACUACCCGACGGCGAUCGACUUCUACACGCAGGCGCUGGCGGUGCACCCGGGCAACGCCAUCUUCCUGUCGAACCGGGCGGCGGCGUACAGCGCGGCGCGCGACCACGAGGCGGCCCGCGCCGACGCCGAGGCCGCCGUCGCCGUCGACCCCAAGUACACCAAGGCCUGGAGCCGCCUCGGCCUGGCCCGCUUCGCCCUCGGCGACGCCAAGGGCUCCAUGGAGGCCUACCAGAAGGGCAUCGAGCACGAGGGUAAUGGUGGUAGCGAGGCCAUGAAGAAGGGCUUCGACACCGCCAAGCGCAGGGUCGACGAGAUUGCGGCUGACGAGGCCGCUGCUGCCAACCCCGGGGCGACUCGGGAUGCUGGCGCUGGUGGUGGUGGUGGUGGUGCGCCGGGCUUGGGUGACCUGGCGAGCAUGUUCGGCGGCGGCGGUGCCGGUGGUGGUGGCGGCGGUGGCAUGCCCGACUUUGCGUCCAUCAUGAACAACCCCAUGUUUGCCUCCAUGGCGCAGAACCUGAUGAGCAACCCGGACAUGAUGGCCAACCUGAUGAACAACCCGCGCCUGCGCGAGAUGGCUGACUCGUUCGGACGUGGCGGUGGUGGUGGUGGUGGCGGCGGCAUGCCUGAUAUCGGCUCGCUGAUGUCGGACCCGAGCGUGGCUGAGAUGGCUCGGAAUCUGAUGGGUGGUGCUGGACGGGGCGGAGCUGGUGGCGCUCCUGGUGGUGAUGGGAGGUGAUGACGGUUGUGCUCAGUUGAAUUAUAUAGCUGACCCCUUUGACACUUCACCAAAGGUAACUCUCGGGAAUUCGGAAAUCUUUAGAACGGGUGGACGGGAGACACCGGGUGGUUCUGCUGAGUUCUUUUUCGAGGCGUUCAGCAAGCAUCAUCCGAGUGUGUUUCCCCGUGACCGGCAGAUUUAUGUCAAGCCAGCCAUUGAUACCCCGAGAAUCUUUAACAAAUGAC